AUGGGCCAGUUCUUUGAAACACUCCCGCCCUCGCUGCUGCCCUGGCUCCUGGAGCAAAAAGUCUUCUACAUCGCCUCGGCGCCGCUUUCAGGCGAUGGGCACGUCAACGUCUCUCCCAAGGGCGUCUCGGACAAGGGCGGGCCAUUCUUUGGAGUCCUCAAAGAGUUCAAGAACGGCAGGUCAUCCGUCGGUGACGGUGAUGACGGUGAUGAUGAUGAUGAGGAGAAGAAAGCAACAACCGCAAACGACAAGAACGUGGUGAUCCGCCAGUUCUGGUACAUGGACCUGACGGGCUCGGGCAUCGAGACGACCUCGCACCUGCACGAGCCGGGCAACGGGCGCAUCACGGUCAUGUUCAACGCGUUCUCGGGCCCGCCGCGCAUCUUGAGGAUCUUUGGCAAAGGUACGCCCCUCGAGUACGGCACGCCGGCGUUCAACGACAUCGUCCGGUCCCAAAACAUCACCAUCAUCCCGGGCACCCGCUCCAUCAUUCUCGUGGACAUCCACCAGGUCGGCACGAGUUGCGGCUUCUCCAUGCCGUGCUACGACUUUGUCAGUUUCCGGCCCACGCUCAACGAUUUCUUUGAGAAGCGCGCCGCGAGCGAGAGGGCCGGCAAGAGGGAGGACGGGAUUGAGAGAUACUGGGCAUACAAGAACGCAUGGAGCAUGGACGGCCUGCCCGGCCUCCAGCGCGGCGUCAACACCGCCGUGACCGACAACGUCAAGCCCAUCAAGAAAAUGGUCGGGCCGUAUGCGCCCUCCUCGAAGUCGAAUGGCCACUCAAAAGGACGGUCGAGGGCGUUGACUCCGGAGCAUCUGAUCCUGGUGGCCGUCCUGAGUUCGUUGACGACCGCUGUUCUGGUCUUGUUGAUGCUGAGAGUCGUCGGGAAUGAGAGAAUCAUGUUGGGAAGAGGGAUUUGGAGGUGA